AUGUACGCCGCUCAGAAUAUAACGCCAACAGUUUUGGAUGCCAUGAAUGGAAAUGUUUCCGAAUGGUAUAACGAAUGCGACAAUGCCAUUAGAAGGUCAGAAAUAGUUCCUGGAACUUACGAAUAUACAACUGCUGUUUCUUAUGGAAACGUAGGUGAGUUUGGAGAAGGUUCUUCAACAACAGUAGAUAUUGCUUGCGACAGGUUUCAUAUAAUUUCUAUUGACAACUCUUUCUUAUACGUGGAACAAGACAUUGAAAUAAAACCUUCUGCCAAGUUGUCUGACAAGAAAGGUUGCAAUGGAAUUUUCUAUGUCGGAUACCAAUAUGCUCCAGAAGUUUUCAUGGGAUAUAAGAUAUAUUCUAACUCUGACUUAGUUCAAACAGUAACAUGGGCAAACUAUGAAUGGUUCGCUUUGAGAAACUCAGUACAACCACAAGCUAGAGAACAAACAGACCAGUAUGCCACCAUUGAGAAAAUAAGAAGACUUGACCCUAACGUUCCAGGAGUUUAUGUUGACCUUUCUGGACAAACUGCAGCAGCAGUAACCAAAGUAAAACUGAAACUUAGAGUUCCUUUGUCAUCUUUCCUCAUCUUCAGG